AUGGGUCUGUCGAUCUCAUACCCACCAGAUGACUACCUUCCAGAGGAUGACGAGGACUCGGAUAGGCUAUUUGUCCGGUCCUUCAGCUUGGACAUUCUCAGCAGUCUCGACAGCCCUGAAUCGUCACCAGAAUAUCUCGAUGCCGUGAGCUCUAGGGAGCAUACGUUAAAAGGGUCCUUAAAUGCUAGGAGAAAAGAGUGUCACCCAUUACAUGUCGAAACCACAAUAUCCGUGGUGAGUCCUAAACCAGAGAGAGACUGUUCUAACCAUAAGCACGGUUAUGGCAUUCCAAAAUAUGGGAACACAGAUUACCUGUCACCAAAUUCUCCGGUGGUCGCUAUGGUUAGCCCACAGCACCAGGAUGCAGCACUAAGGGUGCAGAAGGUAUACAAGAGCUUCAGGACAAGACGGCAGCUUGCUGAUUGCGCUGUUCUUGUCGAACAACGGUGGUGGAAAGUGCUAGAUUUCGCAUUGCUCAAGCGCAGUUCAGUGUCAUUCUUCGAGGUAGAGAAGCCGGAGACUGCCCUAUCAAGAUGGUCUCGUGCUAGAAUAAGAGCUGCCAAGGUAGGGAAAGGUUUGUCGAAGGAUGAAAAGGCUCAGAAACUCGCACUUCAGCACUGGCUAGAAGCAAUUGACCCUCGACACCGGUAUGGCCACAACCUCCACUACUAUUACCAAAGCUGGCUUCGCUGUGACAGCCAACAACCUUUCUUCUACUGGUUGGAUAUAGGUGAAGGAAAGGAGGUUAAUCUUGAGAACCACUGCCCAAGAUGGAAGCUGCUGCAGCAAUGCAUCAGGUAUCUUGGCCCAAAAGAGAGGGAGUUCUACGAGGUAAUAAUCGAGAAUAAGAAGAUGAUGUACAAGCUGAGCCGCAAGAUUGUCGACACCUCCGACGGCCCAAAAGAUGCAAAAUGGAUCUUUGUGUUGAGCACGACGAAAGAUUUGUACAUAGGCUCGAAGAACAAAGGCACAUUUCAGCACUCCAGCUUCCUUGCCGGUGGAGCCACAUCUGCCGCCGGGAGACUAGUCGUGGCCGAGGGAAUCCUAAAGGCUGUCUGGCCUCAUAGCGGGCACUACAGGCCCACGGAGGCGAACUUCCGGGAGUUCAUGAAGUAUCUCAGGAAGAGGGACGUCGAUCUCACCAAUGUGAAGUUGAGCCCGUCAGAAGGCGAGGAGGACGAGUGGCCCAGGCAGAGGGGUAGCCUCACCCAGCCAGACCUAACACCGGAGACCAGCAAGCCAGAGAAGCAGCAGGACACCCAGCCCCCUCGCGCCGACAAGAAGAAGAAAGUCAAAAUCGCUCCGACCACGCCACCUACCACCAGCGGCGGCGAGACGGGCGUUGGCUCGCCGGGGAUGAAGAGAUCCUCGUCGGGCACCCGGCUGCAGCGGAAGCGGCCGCCGAGGCUGACCGUGAGCAAGGACCGGCUGGGAAAGGGCGCGGCGGAGCAGGACGCCGGCGCGUUCGGGGACUGCCUGGACUUCUGCAAGGAGAACCUGUUCAGGAGCCUCGGCGCCGAGGGCGAGGAGGUUGUGGCUGUGGCGGAGGAGAAGAUCAUGCACAGGAUCAACUCCAAGAUGGUGCAGAGAUCGUACCAGCUCGGGCAGCAGCUGUCGCUCCGGUGGACCACGGGCGCGGGGCCCCGGAUCGGGUGCGUUCGCGACUACCCGCCGGAGCUGCAGUUCCGGUCGCUGGAGCAGGUCAGCCUGUCCCCGCGCGGCGGUGCCGGACCGCCCAGGUUGGGGCAGAAGAGCCCGUGCGCGCCGCCCCUCGCGUCGUCGCCCCUCGGCGCGGCCGGGAUCCCCGCGGCGCCGCCGCUUCUGCAGCACGGCGCGGCGUAG